GCACCCCCUCUGCUAGUUGGCCGCCAGGCUAGCUCUCGCAAGCAUCGCACCAGAUCCACCGGUGGGAGCAAGGAAGCGAGCGAGAUCCACCUAACCCACCAAUGGCGGCCGCUGCUUCCUCCAGCGCGUGGAAGGCCAGGUGGCUCCGCCCCGAGGCGUACCCGAUCUUCGCGGCGACGGGCGUGGCCGUGGGGAUCUGCGUGAUGCAGCUGGUGCGCAACAUCACCACCAACCCCGAGGUGCGGGUGACCAAGGAGAACCGGGCGGCCGGGGUGCUGGACAACCACGACGAGGGCCGCCGCUACGCGCGCCACCCCUUCAGGAGGUUCAUCGACGGCAAGUCCGCCGAGAUCAUGCCCGGCAUCAACAGCUUCUUCACCGACCCACCAAAGAACUAGACGACGUCGUCGUCGUCGGAGAGCUCUUGUCCAAGGAAGGAAGGAAUUCCUCCGCGAGAUUUUUUUUCCCUUCUGAAGGAAUACAGAAAUACUGUUGUUAUUUUUCCUCGAAUUCAAGUAUAUUAUUCGCCAUGACUAAUUGUCUGGCUGUACACCAUUGAUUCUUGUGAUCAUACACACAAAACUCGGCCUGAAUUAAUAAUCCCUAUAUGUCUUGAGGAACUA